ACAUAAUAUAUUAUUUAUUUUAUAUUAGGUUAUAAAAACAGUGAAUGAAGUUUACCAUCAAUACAAUCAAAAUCAAUAUCCAUUUGUCUACUUAAAUAUAACUAUUGCGAGAGCUGAAGUAGACAUUAAUGUGACACCAGAUAAAAGACAAAUAUUUUUGUCUAAUGAAAAUUAUUUAGUCUCAAUAAUUAAAGCCAGUUUAAAUAGAUUGUUUGAAAAUAUUCCAUCUACUUACAAGAUUAAUACGUCAUUGUAUGAAUCAAUAUCGACUAAAAGGCCAUAUGAAUCAACUAUUGAAAAUAAAGAUUGUAAAAUACUGAAGUUGGAUAUAAGUAAUGAAUAUGAAAGUAAAAAUACACCUAGUCAUUCGGAACAAAUUAAAGCUAAACUCGUUAGAUGGAAAUCUGAUAAUUCUAAAAUACCAACGGCUGUUUCAAGUACAAUAGAUAAAUUUCUUAAACAAAAAAUUGAGCCUAUUGAUAAUGUUCAAAAAAAUAAUACUGAGAAAUUAAUUGAAAAAGAAGAAAAUAAAAUAUGUACUGGUCCAUUUAUGUGUGCUGACACCAGUGACACUAUUGCAAACAUUGACAAAGAGGGAAAAAAUGAUGAACAAAAACAAGAAGGCAUUAAAAAUGAUAAAAAAAAAUCCACAUAUAUUGAAAAUGCAAAAAGCGAGAACAUCGAAUCAACUGAACAUUUUGUUGAUAAUUCAAAUGGUGAAAAUAUGGAUAAUAAUACAUUUUGUUUAAAAACUGUUGCUGAAAAAUCAGGUUCUGAAGUAGACAUUGAUUCAAUACAUAAGAGUGAAGUAAAAAAUGUAUUUGUUAAAGAUAUAAAAACAUAUUGUGAUUUUUCAAAAAUAAAUACAAAUGCUAGUAUAGAAAUAGACACUUCUACAGCACCCAAAGAAAGAAAAUUUGCACUAGUUGAAACUAACAUUGAACAAAUUAAACAAAGGUUAAGCAAUUUAAGGUUUCGAAGAUCUGAAAAACAGAAAAUAAAAACACGGUUUUACGCAACUAUUGAUCCAAUUAAAAAUCAACAAGCUGAGGUUGAAUUAAGUAGAGAAAUUUCUAAAGAUAUGUUUUCUAGAAUGAGUAUAAUUGGCCAAUUUAAUUUGGGUUUCAUCAUUACCAAACUUGAUGCUGAUUUAUUUAUAGUUGAUCAACAUGCUACCGAUGAAAAAUAUAACUUUGAAACAUUACAAAAUACAACUAAAAUUACAAGCCAAAAAUUAGUGGUACCCCAACAAUUAGAAUUAACUGCUGUUAAUGAAAUUGUAUUAAUGGAAAAUAUUAAUGUAUUUCAAAUGAAUGGAUUUGAUUUUCAGUUCCAACAAGAUGCGGAACCAACAAAGAAAGUUAAAUUAACUAUGAUUCCUAUGAGUAAUAAUUGGAGCUUUGGUAAAGAGGAUGUAGAUGAACUUUUGUUCAUGUUACAAGAUGCGCCAAAUACUCUUUGUAGACCUUCUAGAGUUCGUUCAAUGUUUGCAUCUCGCGCUUGUCGUAAGUCCGUUAUGAUUGGUAAAGUAUUGAACUUUGGUGAUAUGCGAAAACUCAUUGACCACAUGGGAGAUAUUGAACAACCUUGGAAUUGCCCUCAUGGAAGACCAACAAUGAGACAUUUAGUAAACCUUACAUUGCUAAAUGUUAAUGCAGAAUGAACACAAUAUGUUCUUUAAGCAAAUUAUUUAUUUACAA